AUGGCCACGCUUGCUCCCUCCAUCGCCCCCGCCCCUGCGGUGGCCCCGUUGGUGCCCGCAAUUGCGGCCAAACCGACGGUUUCACCCUCGCCUGGUCCGGGCACGCCCGGAUCGAUCACCUCGAGGGAAUGGGUCAUCCCGCCCCGUCCGAAGCCCGGGCGCAAACCGGCCACCGAUACGCCGCCCACGAAACGGAAGGCGCAAAAUCGCGCCGCCCAGCGAGCCUUCCGGGAACGCCGCGCCGCUCGCGUCAACGAGCUCGAGGAUCAGAUCAAACUGAUCGAAGAUGAACACGACAUGUACGUCCUCGGGCUCAAGGAGCAGAUCGCCAACCUCUCCCACGAAGUCGACCAAUGCCGGAGCGACAUGAAUUGGUGGCGCGACCGCGCCCACUCCCUGGAGAAGGAGGUCUCCGUCGAACGGAGCGCCAAGGAGGCCCUCGUCAAGGAAUUCCGCACCUCCCUGUCCGACCCGUCCGCCGCACCCGCCGCCCGCCCGGAGCGAACCGCCGCGCAGACCCGGUCGACGGCCAAGGAAUCCGUAUCCGUCGCCAGCGAGAAACCGCCGGCACACCACAAGGUCUUCGUCGACGACGACGCGGACGAGGUGCCGCUGGGAUGCCCGGACUGCUCCUCCGUCCACUGCCAGUGCAUCGAGGACGCCUUUGCCAUCCCUGGCGUCGACCUGUCCAGGCGCCCGGGCACCGGUGCCAUCCCGAUCACUCGCUACCCUGAGCCCGCCAUCAAACCCGACCCCGAGGAGAUGGAGAUCGAUUUCACCGCCCGCUUUGCGGCCUCCCGGCCCUCGGACGAGGUCUCCGUGGUCUCGUCGUCCGACUCCCCCGCGGUCGACCCCUGCGGCUUCUGCCAAGACGGCACCCCCUGCAUCUGCGCCGAAAUGGCCGCCCAAGAGGAGCAGCGGCGGCGCUCGUUCGAGAACAACCGACUGGCCCCCAUCCAGAACCUGUCGCAGUUCACACCGCCGCCCUCGGACGGUGACGUGCGGUCCGAGGUGACUCUCCCCCCGAUCAGCCAGGCCACCAACCCCUGUGCUAACGGGCCCGGAACCUGCGCGCAAUGCAUGGCAGAUCCCCAGAGCACCCUGUUCUGCAAGACGCUGGCGGCCGCCCGCUCCCCCCGCGGCGCCCCCUCCGGCUGCUGCGGCGGCAAAGGUCCUGACGGCGGCUGCUGCCAGUCCUCGCAGCCUGCCAACCCUCCACGAAGCGGGACUGGCGCUGCCCCCGCCGCGGGCUUCGGCGGGGCCGGGGCGUCGAACCCAUCCUUGACCCUCUCGUGCGCGGACGCCUUUACCACCUUGUCCCGCCAUCCCAACUACUCUCGAGCCAGCGAUGAGAUUUCAUCCUGGUUGCCCAAGCUGCACCCUCUCCCCAAUCCUCGGGAUGUCGCCCCCGCCGAGGGCCCGCGGGGGGCCAUGGAGGUAGAAGCCGCCAGCGUCAUGGGUGUCCUGCGAUACUUUGACCGGCGCUUUGCCGACAAAUAA